AUACGUGCAGUUACGCUAGGACACUAAGUUAGAAGUGGUCAGGACGUUGAAUGUGAUACCAUAUUACAUUAUUUAUAACAUGGCACAAACUAAAAGACUUAUUAAAUACUCAUUUGCGUGCAACUUUUCCAAAAAUAAUAGCAAUGCUACUUUAUGUGGAAUUAGACCAAUGAGUUCAUGGUGGUCUCAGGUGGCUAUGGGUCCACCAGAUGCAAUUUUAGGUAUUACAGAAGCAUAUAAAAAAGAUCAGAAUCCGAAAAAAAUUAAUUUAGGAGUUGGUGCUUAUCGAGAUGAUAAUGGUAAACCAUUUAUUUUGCCAAGUGUACAAAAGGCAGAAGAUAAAAUUAUGAGUAAAAAUAUGGACAAAGAAUAUUCACCAAUUGCAGGAAAUGCAGAAUUUUGUAAACAUAGUAUUAAGUUAGCACUUGGUGAUCAAAAUGAUAUUAUCCAAAAUGGUUUGAAUGCUACUGUUCAAGGAAUUUCUGGCACAGGUUCACUUUAUAUUGGGGCAACUUUUUUAUCCCAUUUCUUUCCUGGUAAUAAAGAAGUUUAUUUGCCAACACCUACAUGGGGAAAUCAUGCUCCUAUAUUUAAACUUGUUAAACUUCCUGUAAAAUCAUAUUGUUAUUAUAAUUCAGAAACAUGUGGACUAAAUUAUGAAGGUGUUUUAGAAGAUUUAAAUGUUAGUAACAUUCCAGAACAAUCUAUUGUUCUUCUGCAUGCAUGUGCUCAUAAUCCUACUGGUGUUGAUCCUAAACCUGAACAAUGGAAAGAAUUAGCAGCAGUAAUAAAGAAACGAAACCUUUUCCCUUUUCUUGAUAUGGCAUAUCAAGGAUUUGCCUCAGGUGAUAUAGAUAGAGAUUCUUUUGCUGUAAGAUUAUUUGCAAAAGAAGGAAUUAAAUUUGCUUUGGCUCAAUCAUAUGCCAAAAAUAUGGGUUUAUAUGGUGAACGUGCAGGAGCAUUUACAUUGAUUACUUCCGAUAAGGAUGAAGCAGAACGUGUUCUUUCACAACUAAAGAUUUUGAUUAGACCAAUGUAUUCUAAUCCGCCAAUUCAUGGUGCUAGAAUUGUUAACGAAAUUUUAGGAAAUUCACAAUUAAAACAAGAAUGGCUUGGUGAUAUACAAACAAUGGCAAACCGUAUUAUUUCCGCGCGUCAGCAAUUGCGUGAUAAUCUUAAGAAGUUUGGCAGUUCCCAUGAUUGGUCACAUAUUACAGACCAAAUUGGAAUGUUUUGUUAUACUGGCCUUAAGCUUCCUGAGGUAGAAAAACUUACAAAAAAUUAUAGCAUUUAUUUGACAAAGGAUGGUAGAAUAUCUAUGGCAGGAGUAACAUCAAAAAAUGUAGAAUAUCUUGCACAAGCUAUGCAUGAAGUUACAAAAUAAUGAAAUAUUUUGAUUAAUGAUUAAAACAUUCAACUAAAUCCUGCCUUUAGUUUUCAAGUACACUUUACAAAUAAAUGAAGUA